UUCACCGGCACCGCGCCGGUGUUCGCUGGAGUGCUUCAGGUGUUGUUCUUCGUUACUGAGGUGUGGGCCGAAGGAGUCUUACGAUUAUAUUAACUGGACUAUAGUUUGUGAUGUAGCAAGUGAAUCUCACUGGAAUCAUCAUGCAACACGAUUCUACAGUGGAAGAAGUUUUAACGCGCGGUCAGCGAGGGUACAAGUUUACCAACUGGUCGACAACGUUUUCGUGUUCUCCUGAAUUGUUCUUCGAACCAGAAACCACUGACGAUAUAAGAGAGAUUCUUCAAGCGGCUUCUGGGUUACGUAAGACAGUUCGUGUUGUGGGUGGCGCUCACUCUCCCUCUGAUAUCGCGUGCACCGAUGGAUACAUGAUAAGCUUGAAAAAUUUCAAAGCCGUUUUGGAGAUUGAUCAAGGCAAGCAGCAAGUGACAGUUCAAGCUGGUUUGACAAUUCAGGAACUCAAUGAACUGUUAAAUGACCAUGGCUUAGCUUUAUCCAAGUAAGUGAUCAGGACAGGAGGACUUGAGGUAGACUGUUCGCAGUCCCCUAUUUUUCCAUGAGAUCAUAGAUGUCAAUCAUUGAGUUUGACUAGCCGUCAUCUUGAUCUCUUGAUGCAAGCGAAACUGGGAAGGGUAUAAACUGUCCAUGGGUAGGGGUGGUGGAGGGCACAGUGGGUGCCCCUUCACCCCCACACUAUUAAUCCACUGCCUCUACCCACGGACAUUUUGCACUCUCCCCAGUUUCGCUUGCAUCUAGAGACCAAGAUGGCAGGCUGUGGAACCUAUGAUCUCACAGAAAAAUAGGGGAUUGUGAACAGUCUAGAAUUACAUGCAAGGGGUUUGGUCCAGAUACAUGUAUGUAUAUCGAGUUGCUUGUCUGAUCAAUGUGUUUUAAAAUUACUCCAAACCUGUACUUCAGACAAAAUAUCAGUUCUUUAUGACAAAAUUGAGCCAGUGAGUAUCUACAACUUUCAGGUUAACAUUUAGCAGAUAAAUGUUGAUGCAUUUCAACUUGGAGCUCUGAUAUAGAGAAACAGAUCGCUAAGCAAACGUAUGUUGUAAACUGUGCUGCCAUUACAUGUUAUUACGUGCUAAUUAUUUAACUAAUGCUUGGAUCUCAAGUUUUGACCCAUCUAUAAGUUGAGGGCGAAUUUUUGGACUGAUUUUUAGGUCUUGAAAGGUCGACUUAUACACGGGUAAAUAUGGUAUGUGUGCUGUCUUCAGUGAAACCUCUAAAAGCUAUAUUAUCAAUAGAAUGGUUAUGGAACCUUCAAUUUGUCACUAUUACGGUCUGUUUUGAAAGUGAUUUCUUUCCUGUCUGAUUUGAAAAACAAAACAUACAAUAAUACCAACAGUCACCACU